AUGGUGAAAAAUAUCAAGUACGACAAGAAAAAGCGUCUGAAGGGGGAGAAAAAGGUUCCAGGAAAGGGUGGAAGUAAGGAAACACUGACACAACGAGAGGACAGUGAGAUUGAGAAGUUGAAAAGUCAAUACGAAGCAUUUAAUCCACAUGAAGUCACGACGUUCCGGGAAAUGCCACUUUCGGGGAAAACGCAAAAUGGGCUCAAAUCUUGUGGGUACAAAGUUCCCACGGAGAUCCAGAAGCACUCAAUAGCUCAUGCAUUACUGGGAAAGGAUGUCCUGGGGGCAGCUAUUACGGGAAGUGGGAAAACUCUGGCAUUUCUCGUGCCAAUCUUGGAGAUUUUGUACGUGCGGAAGUGGACACGAUUGGACGGCGUGGGGGCUGUUGUAAUCACCCCAACGCGAGAGCUUGCCUAUCAGAUCUUUGAGACACUGAAGAAGAUCGGGGGGAGUCAUGAUUUCUCCGCGGGGCUCAUUAUUGGUGGGAAGAAUCUGAAGUUUGAGCGAAUGAGGAUGGAUCAGUGCAACAUCAUCAUCUGCACUCCGGGACGACUGCUGCAGCACAUGGAUGAGACGCCCCUCUUCAAUUGCGACUCAAUGCAGAUUCUCAUUCUGGACGAAGCGGAUCGUUGCCUGGAUAUGGGAUUUGAGGUCACAAUGAAUGCCAUCAUUGAGAAUUUCCCAAAAGAGAGGCAAACUCUGCUCUUUUCGGCCACACAGACGCGCUCUGUGAAGGAUCUGGCAAGGCUGAGUCUUGUUGAUCCCAUCUACGUUGCACCGCAUGAGCAACAGGCUACAAUUAAGACAACUCCGGAUACAUUGACGCAUAGCUAUGUUGUGUGUGAGCUAAAGGACAAAAUAACAAUGCUCUGGUCAUUUAUAAAGCACCACAAAAAGAGCAAGAUUAUCGUCUUCCUGGCCACAUGCAAACAGGUAAAGUACGUCUUUGAGAUCUUCUCAAAACUUCGUCCGGGAAUCAGUCUUCUCGCCCUCUAUGGGACAUUGAGUCAGGAUCGGAGGGUAGCAGUGUACAAUGACUUCAUGCAGAAGAACACAGUGAUCCUCUUUGCCACGGAUAUUGCUUCCAGGGGCUUGGAUUUCCCCUCGGUGAAUUGGGUCGUGCAGCUGGACUGUCCGGAAGAUGCUGUGGCGUACAUUCAUCGUGCCGGGAGAACGGCAAGAUUCAAUGCUAGUGGAGAGAAUCUUCUGGUUGUGACACCCAGCGAGGAAGAGGGGAUUCUCGAAGAGCUAAAAACACGAAAUAUUUCCGUUGAACGCAUCUCAAUUGAUGACAAAUUCAUGUUCUCCCCUCAUGCGAAGAUUGACAUCUUCCUGACGAAGCAUCAGGAUUUGAAGGAAUCCGCCCAGAGGGCAUUCCUGGCGUACAUCAAGAAUAUCGUGCUGAUGAAGAAUAAAUCAAUCUUCAAGGUUGAUUCCUUGGAUAUUGAUGGCUUUGCCAGAUCUCUGGGGCUCAUUACAACGCCCCGUGUUCGCUUCCUGGAUCGCUACCGGAAACGCAUGGGGCUCCCAAAGCCAGCAGCAUCAUCCUCCAAGGAAUUGGAUUUUGGUCUCAAUGUUUCCGAUGAUGAGGAAUUCGCCGUGACAGCGAAGCCUGUGGAACUUCCAGAUGAAGCUGUUCCUGUGGAACCUCUUCCCAAGCCCAAGCCCAAAAUCAUUUCCAAGGCUUCAGCUGCAAAGAUGGCACUGAAGGGGAAAGUUGCCGUAAAUACGAAGAUUAAAUUUGUCGAGAAUGAUGAGGAUUCAGCGGGUGCUGCGGAUGACUUUGAGUAUGAUCCGGUGAAGGCACGUGAAAGGAUGCGAGAGGAAGACAAGUACGAUGCAGAACGCUAUCGAGAGAUCAUCAAGACGAAAAAGAAGACACGCAAAGAGAAGCUGAAGAAGCGCCAGAAGGCUGAGGAAGAGCAAGAAGAACAGGAUGACUUUGGAACUUCCGAUGAGGAACCUGAUCUCUCGUGGCUACCCGAUCCGGGACAAGUGUACGGUGGGGAGGAAUCUCACGAGGAAAAUUCAGAAAGUGAACCAGAAGAACCAGUCAGGAAGAAGCAGAAGAAAUCCAAGAAGAGUGUGGAGGAGGUAUCCCUGACGGAAGCAGAAUCAAUGGCAUUGCAAUUGAUUGGAGAUUAAGAAUUUAAAAAUUAAAUAAAAUUUUGUUUAAAAA